AUGGCUACAGAGUCAGUGAGAGUGUACAGUUUCAGCUUCAAUGGGUCUCAGACAAGGCCAGCCAUUCCUCUCUCGCCAGCUCGCUUUCUGGGUCUUCGUCGCCGACCCUCUUCUUCUCUCACCUCAUCUUCGCUUUCCCACUUCUUUGGGAAUGUGCGGCUAAGCAGUUCCAACUCCUCAAAGCUCUCUAUUUUACGCCAACAGAGCCGAAGAAACCUCUCUGUUGUCGCUAUGGCUGCUGAUGAUGGAAAGCGUGCAGUGCCAUUAGAAGAUUAUCGCAAUAUAGGAAUUAUGGCUCACAUAGAUGCGGGGAAGACUACUACAACUGAACGGAUUUUGUUUUAUACUGGAAGAAACUAUAAAAUAGGGGAGGUGCACGAAGGAACAGCAACUAUGGACUGGAUGGAGCAAGAACAAGAAAGAGGCAUUACCAUAACUUCUGCUGCAACCACAACAUUUUGGGACAAACACAGGAUUAACAUUAUUGAUACUCCUGGCCAUGUUGACUUCACCCUUGAAGUGGAGCGAGCUCUCAGAGUAUUGGAUGGUGCUAUAUGUUUGUUUGACAGUGUUGCUGGUGUGGAACCUCAAUCUGAAACUGUGUGGAGACAAGCUGAUAGAUAUGGAGUGCCCAGAAUUUGCUUUGUCAAUAAAAUGGAUCGUCUUGGAGCAAACUUUUUCAGAACAAGAGACAUGAUAGUGACAAACUUGGGUGCCAAACCACUUGUACUUCAAAUUCCAGUAGGUGCAGAAGAUAAUUUUAAGGGAGUUAUUGAUCUCGUGAAGAUGAGAGCUAUACUUUGGUCUGGAGAAGAGUUGGGUGCGAAAUUUGUUUACGAGGAUAUUCCAUCUGAUCUUCUGGAGCUGGCUCAAGAAUAUAGGUCACAGAUGAUAGAAACCAUUGUUGAGUUAGACGAUGAAGCUAUGGAGGGCUAUCUAGAAGGAGUUGAACCUGAUGAAGAAACCAUUAAGAAAUUAAUUAGGAAGGGAACCAUCUCAAUUAGUUUUGUGCCAGUGUUAUGUGGCUCAGCUUUUAAAAAUAAGGGGGUACAACCUUUGCUUGAUGCUGUCGUGGAUUAUUUGCCUUCACCUCUUGACGUGCCACCAAUGAAGGGGACUGAUGCAGAUAACCCAGAAAUCAUUAUUGAGAGGGCUGCAAGUGAUGAUGAACCAUUUGCUGGGCUAGCAUUCAAGAUCAUGAGCGAUCCAUUUGUGGGAUCCCUUACAUUUGUGAGAAUCUAUGCAGGAAAGCUAGCUGCUGGAUCCUAUGUACUGAAUGCAAACAAGGGAAAAAAGGAGAGGAUUGGCAGACUUCUAGAAAUGCACGCAAACAGUAGGGAGGAUGUUAAGGUAGCUUUAGCUGGUGAUAUUGUUGCGCUUGCAGGCCUAAAAGAUACCAUUACAGGUGAAACAUUGAGUGACCCUGAGCAUCCUAUUGUGCUUGAAAGAAUGGACUUCCCUGAUCCUGUAAUUAAGGUGGCAAUUGAACCCAAAACUAAAGCUGAUGUUGAUAAGAUGGGAGCUGGUUUGGUUAAGCUUGCUCAAGAAGACCCUUCUUUCCACUUCUCACGGGAUGAAGAGAUCAAUCAGACAGUUAUUGAAGGGAUGGGAGAAUUGCAUCUUGAGAUUAUUGUUGAUCGGCUCAAAAGGGAAUUCAAGGUUGAAGCCAAUGUUGGAGCACCCCAGGUAAAUUACAGGGAAAGUAUUUCCAGGGUUGCAGAAACGAGGUAUGUGCACAAGAAACAAUCGGGUGGACAAGGUCAAUUUGCUGAUGUCACCGUGCGGUUUGAACCCAUGGAGCCUGGUAGUGGAUACGAGUUCAAGAGUGAAAUCAAGGGAGGUGCUGUGCCAAGAGAAUACGUACCUGGGGUGAUGAAAGGAUUAGAGGAGUGUAUGAGCAACGGUGUGCUUGCAGGCUUUCCUGUCGUUGAUGUACGCGCUGUACUAGUUGAUGGCUCUUACCAUGAUGUCGACUCAAGUGUGUUAGCAUUCCAAUUGGCAGCCAGAGGAGCUUUCCGGGAGGGGAUAAAGAAAGCUGCCCCGAAAAUGCUUGAACCGAUAAUGAAAGUCGAAGUUGUUACACCUGAGGAACACCUGGGAGAUGUGAUCGGUGAUCUCAACUCAAGGAGAGGUCAGAUCAACAGCUUCAAUGAUAAACCUGGUGGUCUCAAGGUGGUUGAUGCGCUGGUUCCUCUUGCAGAGAUGUUCCAAUAUGUUAGUACACUGCGGGGCAUGACAAAAGGUCGUGCAUCCUAUACCAUGCAAUUAGCUAAGUUCGAUGUUGUUCCUCAGCACAUUCAGAACCAGCUUGCUGCCAAGGAGGAAGAAGUUGCAGCUUGA